AUGCCUCAAGCCAUGACGCCCACCGAGGAGGUCGCUAAAGCGCCCACAAAACCCAACACGACACUCGAGAUCCGCGCGCCGCCACUGCCGCACAUCACGAUGGGCUUUAUACCUCUGUCGUUACUCAUCAAUCGUCUGGUGCAGAACUCACACAACAAGCUCGUGGAGCUAAUCGACUCGCUACAGAGCUCGGGGCAGAGCGACGGGGAGAAGAAGUUGCGCAUCAUUGAGCAUAUGCAGGAGACGCGGAAGCAGUUCAUCAAGGUGCUGGUGCUGGUUACGUGGGCUAAGAAUGCGUCGGCCGUCAGCGAGGUGAUUGAUUUGAAGGUGUAUCUGGAUAGCAGGCAGGAUGUCUUUCACAAGGUGGUGUGGAACCUGUACGAGGUGCGCAGGAAGAUGAGUUAUGCGAGAGUCCCGAAUCCCGACCUUGAUACCGCGGUUCAGGUGCUGUCUACGGGGGUGGCCACAACUUCUAUGACUCGCCGCUAUGUACCGCCGCCCCCGCUCAGUUCUACGGAGAUUCUUAAGACGCUAUCCAAUAUCAAUACGCUCCUUGCACUCCGAUUUUCGCUGCACUCACCACCGCCCCCGUAUUUCAAAGACUAUACUAUUUCCUCUGGCCGCGCUACAUUCAAGGUCGAACAUGAAUUUGAGGUCGACAUGUCUAUCGGGGACGAAGACCCUACUUCACAGCUAUACCUAAUCGACUUCCGACUGGCCUUCGAGCCGGCUGCCGGGGCGCCUUUCCCAGAAACUCUCAAGAACGAGAUUGAAGGCCGCGGUAACACGGUACUGAAAUCGAAGGGCCUUGAGGGUAUCCAUGACUUCCUGCACGAUUUCUGUCUCACGCACAAGAUCAACAUCCUGAUGCGGCAAGCUCAUGAAAUGCUCCAAGGGCGCUGGACAGAAAACCUUCGAAUCCAGCAGAUCAAGCGUACCCUUGUGAUCCAGUACUGGACCAACCGUGCUGGUGAAGGCAAGUCAUGGAUCGAGGUCGGUGUCAAGCGCGGUGUUGCGGGAAAGCCAAGUAGACUAGGUGUGCGAUGGAUGCGGGAGGGCAAGGAGGUGAAAGACGUCGAGGUACCGCUCAACAUCGCGGUACUCUCCGCAGAGGAACUACUCAAGACUGUAAUAGCACUGCAUACAAAGUGGAUAUUGACAGGAAUACGGGAUCGCUUUUCACCACUUCCACUCUUUCCACCGUCAUCCCUGCAGCUGAACACACACCCUACCGACUCAUUUAACAGCUUCUUGAAGCUGCGACUGACGCCGUCUCGGGCAAUCAAAGUGCUCAUAGAGCCUAUCACUGGACGCUUUGCACUACAGAAGCCCGGAUUACUAGCAUCGAGCGUAGAGGGAAGAAUGAACCAGCAGCCUGGGCAGAUUGCGGAGUUGCUGAAGUUGAAAUUCUUGGUGCUGCAGGAGGAGAUUGAGAGCAGGGCGCGAUCAAUGGGGUGGGAGAUACUGAAGAUGAUUAGCGUUAGGAAGGAGGAAUUCAAGACAUUCUUUCCGUCCACAACUCGCUACAUGACAUUUAUGCGUCGGCAAGGCUGGAGUAAAGAAUGGGUUAUUACGAUAGGUCUCGGCGAGACUGGAGAAUGCUUCUAUGUCAGCAGGAUCCACGAAGCACCCCAGCAAUGGACAGUCUCCCUCAACAUCCCUAUACCUGUGAAUGGUGCUUUAGACGUGACCUAUGGCUUCCUAGCCAACCUCGAGAAGAUUUCCGCCUCUAUCAUUACCCUGCACACCAUUACAGAAGACCUUACCUCCCGCUCCGUCCAACAUCAACUCAAGCCUUCAAAGACAGCAGAUACAAAGCUCAUCAUCCCUGACCUUUACAUCCGCUUCUCUUCCCUUAUCCCGCGUGCAAAUUGGGGCAUUGACGCUCUGCGUGUGACCUUUCAAUCUCUCUCUGACUCCGGUGCCUGCACACUCACGGUCUGUGGCCGCACCGCCGAGGCAAUGACGCACCUUGGCGUCGUAGGAAAGGACAUCGCAUCAGCCGACUCUGAUGUCUCCUUCCACCCGCAGACUGGGAGCUACGCAAUCCGCUUUGUAGUCCCAGUCGGCGAGUCAAUCAUUGACCCCCUAAUCGAAAAGCUCUCUCGCAUUGAGACGCUCAUCAAGUUUGUGGCAGUUAUACGCCGGUUCCAGCUACCAUGCUUGCAUGUGAGCCUUGGCCGGAUAGGCUUCAAGUACUCGAAUGAUGCGCACAGCACAGCGGAGGUGUCGUUCGGCGCGGACGAUAAUAAUGACACCAAGAUGCGACUGCACUUGCCCCCGCGAAGCCCGCACGCGCGGAUAAAGCACUUCCUCGAGAACUCGCUGAACACUUCUGGGCUCGAGAUCGUAGUCAUGGCCUUGACUGUGACACUACCCCUACUUCUAGCCUUCACAGAUCUCGAGUCAACCCCCCCCAACCAGCGUGACGACGCACUGUUCAUACUUCCUCGAAACGUAGACUGGUACCGUGUAGAGUAUAGACUUGCGGGUGUGGUGCUAGACUGGCGACUCAAGUGCCGCAAGAGCGUGCUGUACUGGUAUGUUCAGGACGCGGCAGUAGCAGGCGCGGAAAGCGAACGCGGCGUUAGGGGUGGCGAGAAUAGGCGGAAGGCAGAGAUGCUCAAGCCGCUCUGGUGUGGUGAGAUUGAGGGCGAGUGGGAGGCGCUGAAGAUUGGCGCCGCUGCUGGCGUCAGGGGAGUCGGGGCGCUAGUGAAGGCCGUAGAUGCGCUGGUGAGAAGGCCUAUACCUGGCCAACAGCAGCAAUCACAGCAGGCAUAG